AUGUACGCUACUUGCCAUUCUCUACUGAAUAAAGCCACAGUAAAAGAAAAAAAGGAAAACAAAAAAGCAGUGGUGAGUCAGCGAUUCCCACAGAACAGUAUAGGUGCUGUGGGUAGUGCCAUGUUCCUGCGCUUCGUUAACCCAGCCAUCGUGUCUCCCUACGAGGCUGGCAUCCUGGACAAGAAGCCUCACCCCAGAAUAGAGCGUGGCCUGAAACUCAUGUCCAAGAUUCUGCAGAGUAUUGCAAACCACGUCCUUUUUACAAAAGAAGAGCACAUGAGACCGUUUAAUGACUUUGUAAAGAGCAACUUUGACUCAGCGAGGAGGUUUUUCCUGGACAUAGCGUCCGACUCUCCACCCAGUGACUCGGUCAACCACAGUUUGUCCUUCAUCAGUGACGGUAAUGUGCUGGCCCUCCACCGCCUGCUGUGGAACAACCAGGAGAGGAUUGGCCAGUACCUCUCCAGCAACCGGGACCACAAGGCAGUAGGGAGGCGACCCUUUGACAAGAUGGCAACGCUGUUGGCCUACCUGGGACCACCAGAACACAAGCCUGUGGCCGACACUCACUGGUCUAGUCUCAACCUGACCAGUUCCAAAUUUGAGGAGUUCAUGACCCGGCACCAGGUCCAUGAGAAGGAGGAGUUUAAAGCCUUAAAGACACUCAACAUUUUCUACCAGGCAGGAACUUCCAAAUGUGGCAACCCAGUGUUCUACUACGUGGCUCGCAGAUUCAAAACAGGCCAGAUCAAUGGAGACCUGCUAAUCUACCAUGUUCUGCUCACCCUCAAACCCUACUACGCAAAGCCCUAUGAGAUAGUUGUAGACUUGACUCAUGUUGGACCCAGCAAUCGCUUCAAGACGGACUUCCUGUCCAAGUGGUUUGUGGUGUUUCCUGGCUUUGCUUAUGAGAAUGUAGCAGCAGUUUACGUCUACAACUGUAACACCUGGGUGAGGGAGUACACCAAGUACCACGAGAGGCUCCUCACGGGUCUGAAAGGCAGCAAGCGGCUUCAGUUUAUUGACUCUCCUGUUAAACUGGCUGAGCACAUUGAACCGGACCAACAGAAGCUCCCUGCAGCCACUUUGGCUUUGGAAGAAGACCUGAAGGUGUUCCACAAUGCCCUGAAGCUGGCUCACAGAGACACCAAGGUUUCAAUCAAGGUGGGCUCCACAGCAGUUCAGGUGACGUCAGCUGAGCGGACUCGCGUCCUCGGCCAGCCUGUCUUCCUGAAUGAUGUUUACUACGCUUCAGAGGUGGAGGAGAUCUGCCUGGUGGAUGAAAGUCAGUUCACCCUCACCAUGGCCAAUCAGGGCACACCUCUCACUUUUAUGCACCAGGAGUGUGAUGCCAUUGUCCAGUCAAUCAUUCAUAUCCGCACACGCUGGGAGUUGUCUCAGCCUGACUCCAUCCCUCAGCACACAAAGAUUCGUCCCAAGGACGUCCCGGGAACUCUUCUGAACAUCGCCCUGCUCAACCUGGGCAGUUCUGACCCUAGCCUCAGGUCUGCAGCCUAUAAUCUACUGUGCGCUUUGACCUGCACCUUUAACCUGAAGAUAGAGGGCCAGCUGCUGGAGACGUCAGGUCUCUGCAUCCCAGCCAACAACACACUCUUUAUCGUCUCCAUCAGCAAGACUCUGGCAGCUAACGAGCCCCAUCUCACUCUGGAGUUUUUGGAGGAGUGUAUAUCUGGCUUCAGCAAGUCUAGCAUUGAGCUGAAGCAUCUGUGCCUGGAGUACAUGACGCCCUGGUUGCUGAACCUGGUCCGCUUCUGUAAGCACAACGAUGAUGCCAAGCGCCAGCGCGUCACUGCCAUCCUGGACAAGCUUAUCACCAUGACGAUCAACGAAAAGCAGAUGUAUCCCUCCAUUCAAGCAAAGAUCUGGGGCAGCCUGGGCCAGAUAACAGACCUGCUGGACGUGGUUUUGGACAGCUUCAUCAAGACCAGCGCGACAGGAGGACUGGGCUCCAUCAAAGCAGAGGUUAUGGCCGAUACUGCUGUGGCCCUGGCUUCAGGGAAUGUCAAACUGGUCUCCAACAAGGUGAUCGGUAGGAUGUGUAAAAUCAUAGACAAGACGUGCUUGUCCCCGACGCCCACGCUGGAGCAGCACCUCAUGUGGGAUGAUAUAGCCAUCUUGGCUCGCUACAUGCUCAUGCUGUCCUUCAACAACUCUCUGGAUGUCGCGGCCCACCUGCCAUACCUCUUCCAUGUGGUCACCCUCUUGGUGGCUACGGGGCCCCUGUCUCUCAGGGCCUCCACCCAUGGGCUGGUCAUCAACAUCAUCCACUCGCUGUGCACCUGCUCGCAGCUCAACUUCAGCGAGGAGACCAAGCAAGUGCUGAGGCUGAGCCUGACCGAGUUCUCACUGCCGAAGUUCUACCUGCUGUUCGGCAUCAGCAAAGUCAAGUCAGCUGCUGUCAUCGCCUUCCGCUCCAGCUACAGAGACCGCUCCUUCUCACCUGGCUCCUACGAGAGGGAGACGUUCGCACUGUCCUCCCUGGAGACGGUGACCGAGGCGCUACUGGAGAUCAUGGAGGCCUGUAUGAGAGACAUCCCCACCAGCAAGUGGUUGGACCAGUGGACGGAGCUGGCACAAAAAUUUGCGUUCCAGUACAACCCGUCUCUCCAGCCCCGAGCGCUGGUGGUGUUCGGCUGCAUCAGCAAGAGAGUCAGUCACGGUCAAAUCAAGCAGAUCAUCCGGAUCCUCAGCAAAGCCAGCCCGCUGCUCAGCAUAGACCGGGCUUUGGUUUUAAUGGACUGUGGAGAUUUGCUGGACCUUUUUCUAAGCAAACACAGAUCCCAGACUAUGCCGAGUUGAUUGUCAAGUUUCUGGAGGCCCUAAUUGACAGUUACCUCCCAACGGCCGAUGAGGAGCGAGGGGAGGAGCAGCUCCGGACUCCCACCUCCCCGUACCCCCCCACCAGCCAGAGCCAGCUGAGCAUCACUGCCAACCUCAACCUGUCAAACUCCAUGACUUCACUGGCCACCUCGCAGCACUCACCAGGUGUGGAUAAAGAGAACAUCCAGCUGUCUCCCAGCUCAGCUCUGUCCAGUGGGGGGCGCACUCGCCACGGCUCUGCCAGUCAGGUGCAGAAGCAACGCAGUGCUGGCAGCUUCAAGAGACCCAGUAUCAAGAAAAUUGUCUGAUUCAGCCACUCCUACCCUCGUCCAGAGGAAACCCAACCUGCCAGGUCUCAUGCUGCACCCUGCAUCCCUUCACCUUUUACUUUCUCGUACCUAGUGGUUGCUUUGAGGUUGCCAGUAGGAGGAUUUGUGAUCUUGUGUUGAGGAAUCUCACCAAGGACGGACACAAACGGAGCUGCUGGAGAAGUUUUUUAUCUCUGAUUUUAGACGGCACAAGUUGUUGAAGACACGCCAGUGGGUUGAGGACCAGGGUCUUUCUCUCUGGACGGUGACUUUGACCUGCUUUGUGUCUUCUGAGAGAUGGACAACGUGACAGGACCGAAACUCUAGAUCUGCUCGGACACCUCAGCCCCCCCCCCCCCCCCCCGUCCUGUACAUAUUUGAUAUAGACAGAUGUAAAAUAUCUAGUCCUUUGUGUUAAUUUUGGUGUUGCUGUUUUUUCCAUGGUGUGCCUUUGUCAGGGUUUUGGAUAUGUACAAUGUGUAAAGUAAAAGCUGGGAACAACGGACAAGUACUGAUGUAGGAGGGGAGUUGUUCAUAUUAUCACAAACAUCUACCAGAUUCUGUCCUGACCUGCCUCUGACUGUGGUAAACACACAGCUGACUCUAUACCCCAAUGCCUAAACGUGUUUGUCCUGCCUAAGUAAGUAAAUCUUCCUCUGCUCUAAAACUUUAUCCUCUCGGAUCACAAAACACUAGAGAGCAAAUUAAUACUGUAAAUAGCCACAAGCGUUUGGGUUUCUUGUUCUCCUGUGUGUUUUACUCGUGUUUGCAUCGAUAGGCUAACCGUCACACGAAAAGGUGUAACAGGCAAUAAUCCUGAACUCCCAGGCUCGUUUCACCGCAGAAACAUCUCGAAGUCACCUCAGAUCUCCUUCUGAGUUUCACUUCACCGAGUCUUCAAAAAUAUUUUAGUAUUAGUUUCAGCUUCACCCCAGACAACCACGGACCUGAGUUCUGAUCACCAACAGAACCUCUUCUUACACGACAGCUAGCAUGCUCCAUCAUUCUUUCUGCACAGACUACAGAUGUUUCCUUCUACACUGCAUUGGGCCCAUCAUAUGAAUGCAACGGUAGCAUGGCCACCCUAAAGUGUAGAAACUGGUCAGAUUCUGGAUUCCAGCUGUUCUAGUCCAGUCCUAAACAUUCCCACAGCUUCACACACAAAGCUACCAUUUUUCAGCUAGUUUAAUGUGGUGUCAUCUGAAGGCGUCACCGCUCCUCACACCUUUAGGCUCUGUUGGGUCGCUUCCGGUGAUGAACACGUAGGACUUCACAUCAUCUCAAAGUGUGUGAGGUCCACAGAUGUCAGCAGUCAGAAACCAGUAUGGCUGGGAUGUUGGGAGGACAGUUUGGGCUGUUUGUAUUUCUGUGCUGCUAAUGCUGUGUGACGCUAGCAGCUGAAGGUGCUGCUGGGUAGGUCACAGGAGAUCAAACUGCUUAAAAUGCCUACUUUGGGCUCCAAUCAUCACCAUUUACAGUUUGUUAUUGUCAGGAUCCUGUGUGCGGACCCACGCUGUCAUUUUCCAGAUGUGCAUCUAAAACAAUGAAAAUAGGCUUGUAAACCUUUGUCUUCUACUGCACAUUUAGUGGUUUUUAAAGUGGGUCUCUGGUGGAAUGGGUCUUGAAAUGGACCUACUUUGGUUUUAAGAGACUGAGUUAAAUGUUAAAACUCCACAUCACGUCAUCUUAGACUCACACUGUCCUGGAUUUCCUGAUGUGAGUUAGACUGUAGACCUUUCCAGAACCCCAGAGACAAGUGUUUGAAUUGCACUAAUUUAAGAACAGUCAUUGGUUCAUAAAGAUGAGAAAUCUCAAAAUGUGGCAUGUUUUAUUUGAUGUUUAUGCAAAAUCUUAUGUCUGUUGAGUAUUAGUCUGAGUUUUGUUUUUAAUGCAGUAUGUGUGGCAAUUGUAAAUAUUUUGUCUACAAUUUGAGAUGGUAUAUUUACUAUACUGUACAUACCUGUGAUAUUGUAUCAUUUUGUUUUUGUAAAGCAGUUAGUUUCUGUAUCAUAAUACAUAAAUGGAACUAUUCCAGUAAUAAAAUGUUUGGCUCUUCAGCACCUGACCCAA